UUUACAUUAGAAAAAGCAAAUCAAUUUUAAAUCUCGAUUGUGCGUUUAUAAAUUAUUUGUUUCAAAGUUCAAAAAGCAAAAUUUGUAGUGCGCCAAAAGUUUAAAAAAUUAAAAAAAAUUAAAUGUAAUAGAGCUAAACCAUAGCAAAAAGAACAACAACAUCGCAUAUAGUUGUUAGUUUAUGGAAAGCGGUUUCCAUACUGGAGAGCAAAAGCUAGAACAGCAGCAGCAUACUGUGUCGAUUGAAAAGGAAACUUUAACUAGUUUUGCGAUCGAUCAUCGUACGCCACUGAAUAGUCAACAACGUUUGAUUCCACUGACACGGCAAGUUGUUAAGUUAAUGAUGGAUUUUAACGGCUCCCAUUCGAGCACUAGUAUAUCGGGGAAGAACUUUUACAACACAUUUUCUAUAACGAGUUUGGUGCGCGAAGAAGUACAAAAUAUUUUGCAAGAACUAUGCGUCACCGAUCAGUUUAUACGCAAGGAGGAUAUCGAUGCGUUUAUAGAGCGCUGCCUACGAGAAAAAGUGCAAAUCGAGAGCAAGAGUCCAACGGCCAGUGUUGAGUCCUUGCCAGUUGAUAAUACAGAGAUUGAGGUGACUGUUGAAAUGUUAAACGAGACAGACAAGAACAAAUUAAUCGUUGAGAACUUUCAAAUAUUGGAGCAACGCAUUACCAAUUUGGAGGAACGCAUUUCAACGGUGCUGCAGACUGUGCCAAAAUUGCGUCAUUUACAAGCGAAGAAAUUCAAAAUCAAUACGGAAGUCAUACGCGAGGAACUGCGUAAUGUCAUGCAGAAAAUGACCGAAGAUGAUCCUAUAAAAACAUCGACGACCAUUGAAUUGCGGACUACAACCGAUACUGAUGUUAACGAGAGCGAAACAACGCCAAUAUUAAGUGUCGUCGAAACAGACACGAUUCCUUCAGAAAAGAUUACCAAUCCAUAUGACGAUUUGUACUAUGUACACCGUCAAAAUGCCAUGAAUAUAUUGAAUUACAAAAAAUCAAACGCUACGAUGGAGCUUAAUCAACGAUUACAUUUAAGUCCACACAUUAAGCCAAUCACCACAGAUUUAAAGGAUACCAGAUACAAGCAAAAACAAAAGCCAAAAUUCAUUACAAAGUAGUC